CUCUCCCAUCCAGAAAAGAUCCUGCUGGUGCAGCUGACCUUACCAACUGCCUUCCCUUGUAUCAUUGCGUGUCCAAGAACUCUCGAGCUCUGAGACCUCGGCCUCCCCGCGAGGAUUCGACGCUCGGUUCAGCAUGUCGACCGAACUUCUGACGAAAUUCCUCACAGUGCUGCUCGGGUACGUGAUGCCGGCGCUGGAGUGCUUCAAGUCGAUCGAGCAGCGUCCCGGCCGGGCCGAUGAGCUCCGGUUUUGGUGCGAGUACUGGUAAUGAUUCAGAAGACUUUAUCCCUGGGAUCAUUCUAGUCAUCCUGGUCAUAUUCGACGAAAUUGCUGGCGCUCUGAUUUCCAAGAUUCCAAUGUACUAUGAGCUCAAGCUCGCCUUCCUCGUGUACCUGUGGUACCCAAAGACAAGGGGAACGGACAUCGUGUACGAGACCUUCCUCCGGCCGCUGGUGAUGCAGUACGAGCCCAACAUCGAGGCGAGGCUACAGUACCUGCGCGCCAACGCCGGCGACAUCCUCGUCUUCUACCUCAAGAACUUCACCGAGAGGGGCUACGACCUCUUCCUCCGAGCGCUCGACUACGUCCGGUCGCAGGCAUCCAGAGGCUCAAGAACAAGGAACUUCUUCUCGUUCCGUGGGGACCGGGCGGAGAGGCCGAGCUUCGUCGACGACUACGGUGUGGGCGGCGACAGGAGGGACGCGGCGAGGCACCGGCGACCCCGCGGUGGUUACUAGCAGGCCAGAAGAGCCAGUGGAUUUAUAGGAUGUGCACAGAAACUGAAAGGGUACUGGCAUAGACUUAGGUAGGAUUAAGCGAAUCAUUGUGAAACAGAUUGAUGUGAACACAAGUGGAUUAUGGACAAAACUUGUAUAGAUGAUAGGCGUCGAAUUGUGAGUGGGUACCGAUCACAAUUCCAUGAGCCUAGAUAAAUAGCACAUGAUUUCA